ACAAAUCUAAGUGAAGAGGAUGACAUUCAUCCACUUGAGCACCGAAAGAGGCUUGAAUGCAUCUAUGAUAAAGUCCUUGUGGUUGACAAUAUUUCAGUUGCAAGGGAUACUGUGAGAAAGCUUACAACACAGUACAAGGAUCUUGUAUAUGCAUGUGAUACAGAGCAGGAAACUCCCGUUGAUCAUGGAGAAGUCAUAUGUUUUAGUAUUUAUUCUGGACCAACUGUUGAUUUUGGAAAUGGGAAGUCUUGUAAUUGGGUAGAUGUUCUUGAUGGUGGUGGUAGGGAUAUUCUGAAAGAAUUUGCUCCAUUCUUUGAGGAUCUAUCUAUUAGAAAGUACCGCAUGGGCUGUCACAUAUUAGGCAAGGAUGGCCGUUUCCAUUGUUCUUUAAAUAUCACUGAGACUGGUCAUUUAUCAGCCAGGAGACCAAAUUUGCAGAAUCUGCCUGCUUUGAAGAAGGACUGGUACAAAAUUCGCCAGGCCUUCAUAGCUGCACCUGGAAACUCUCUAAUAGUUGCUGAUUAUGGGCAGCUGGAACUUAGGAUUCUGGUGCAUCUUGCAAACUGUAAGAGCAUGUUGGAUGCCUUCAAAGCCGGUGGUGAUUUUCAUUCAAGGACAGCAAUGAAUAUACCCCAUAUUCGAGAUGCUGUAGAACAAAAUAGAGUUUUGUUGGAAUGGCACCCUCAGCCUGGUGAAGAGAAACCCUCAGUUCCCCUAUUGAAGGAUGCCUAUGCUUCUGAAAGAAGGACAGCCAAAAUGCUCAAUUUUUCCAUUGCAUAUGGGAAAACUCCUGUUGGGCUUGCCCAAGAUUGGAAGGUUUCAUUUAAUAAAGCAAAGGCAACUGUAUAUCUCUGGUACAAAGAGAGGAAUGAAGUUCAGAAAUGGCAAGAAAAUUGCAUAAAGGAAGCUCAGACCAUGCAGCGUGUACACAUAUUGCUGGGACGUGCUCUCCUUUCCCCUGCUAUGGCCCAUGCUAGUAAUUUUCGACGAGGUCAAAGUGAGAGAGCAGCUAUUACCCCUGUGCAGGGUAGUGCUGCUGAUGUUGCCAUGUGUGCCCUGCUAGAAAUAUCAAGGAAUGCAUGGUUGAAGGAGCUUGGGUGGAGACUGCUUUUGCAGGUUCAUGAUGAAGUGAUACUGGAGGGACCAAUGGAAUCAGCAGAGGUUGCCAAGGCCAUGGUUGUUGAAUGCAUGUCCAAACCGUUCUACGGCACCAAUUUUCUCAAAGUUGACUUGUCUGUUGACGCUAAGUAUGCACAGAACUGGUAUGCAGCCAAGUAAACGAAGUGGUCUGUUAUGGAUUGAAUUGGCGUCACCGACACAGGCAGAAAUCAACAAUGCUGAGCCUACUACUGUUUUUGUCCAACAUAGCUAAGUUGUGCCAUGAUAUCGGUAGUUCAGGCCCGCAUUGAUUUUCUAAUUUGGAAUCAUAAUGCAAUAUCACCUAGGCUGGGCUGA